AUGAUAAGUGAUAUUUAGUCUACUCAUAGAAUGAGAGAGAACCAAGAAUGGAUUCACCCUGCAAAUAUUUAACUUAAUGAUUUAGGACCAAAUGUAAGCGAUAGAUACUCAGACAUUUCUUCACCAAAUAGAAAUAGUUUUAUUCAUGAUCAAUGCCAAAAUUCUGCAGAAGGUUAAAAAAAAGCUUUAACUAGAUAUAACUAAGAAGAGCAACACCAAACAUAAAGGGAACAUUUAAAAAUGGAAAUUUAAGAAUAAAAUGAAUAGCAAAUAAGUUCCUCUUAUAGAGGCUUAAGCAAUAAGUAAAGUAAGGCCAAGUCAAAAAGUACUUCUUAAAAUUUUUCUACCUAAAAGAGGCAAUCUAAAUUGAAUAUUUUCAGUAAUUUAUAUACUGAAAAAAGUUAAAUGAUUUAUAAGACUAAAAAAAUAAUUAAAAAAUUUUUGAAGGAAGAUAAACCAAUUCAACUUUCUGAUAAAGCUAAGUCUGUAUUAUCUGUUUUUAAAAGAAUUUAUAAUUUUAUUCAAGUUGUAAGAGUAUUUACUCGUUCACACAGCAUCACUGCAGAGUAGUUUAGGCUUAUCAAUGAUAUCUCUUCACAUAGAUUUGAUAAAUAAUCAUUGCAUAAAUAGAAAAUUCUGACACUUAAUGAUAUAAAAAAUGGGCUAUGGAAAAUUUUAGAUUUCAUAGUAGGUUUAGGUGGUUUAAAUAGAUUAAUUUUCAAAAAUAAAGUGUCUUUAUUGCCAACUGACUAAAUUAAUGUAAUCUGGAUGCUGUUUUAGCUUUUUUUUAACUUUUUUGCAUUAUAUUAUGCAAGCAUAUAUAUUGUAUUCGACUUUAGAAGUCGUCUCUUAGAAAUUGAUGAAGGAGUAAGUAAAGCAUCAAGCAUUUACACGACAAACGUCUACAUUUUGAUUUUUACUACAAUCUUAGAUGUUAUUAAAGGUUUUAAUACAGCCUUUUACAGAAAAGGAGAAACUAUUAUAGAUAGAAAGGAAAUAGCUAUUAAUUAUAUCUAUGGCAGAUUCUUUUUUGAUUUUUUAUCACUUUUUAGUGUUGUCUUUAGCAGAACUUUUUUCCCUGACAUGGAUAAGUUAUUGAUGUAUAGAAUAUAAUUUCUCUUUCUUUUUAAAAUCCAUAACAUUUAGCAUGUUAUUUAUGUCUUUUAAAAGACGUUCAUCAUGAAUGAAAAAUACGAUAACAUAAUAUCACUGCUUAGACUUAUGGGUAUUCUUUGCAUUUCCUCUCAUGUAGGUGCUAUAAUGUAUCAUUGUCAAGCUUAAUUCCAAAUUUAUUACAUGAAUUCUAAUUAGACUUGGCUAGACUAAGCUGGAAUAUUAAACGAAAACUACUGGGUAAGAUAUAUUAACAGCUUCUUUUGCUCAGCUGGUACAUUGGUUAAUGCGAUUGUUUAUAAUCCUAAAACAACAAUAGAAACUGUAUACAUGACUUUUACUCUUUUAGGAAAUUGUUGUAUCUUUGGUUAUGUUAUCAAUGAAUUGGGAAAUAUUAUGGAUAAUAUUGUAAAGAACUAAAAAAACAGCCAAAAAGAAUUAAGACUUAUUAAUUCUUAUAUGGAAACAAAGAAUGUUAACAGAGAGUUAUAAACAAGAAUUAGAAAUUAUCUAGAAUAUAUGCAUAGAGAAGAAAGACAAUUAAACUUAGAGGAAACCAAAUAAGUUAUUGAAAAACUAUCAAGCUAACUCAAAAUCGAAUUAGUCAAAGAAGUCAACAUUCAGUAUGUUGCAGUUUUUCAUAUCUUAAAUAAGAUUUUCUCUUAAAAAAUCUAAGAAAAAUCGCUUUUUAUUAUGAAUGACAUAAAAUUUACUCCUGGUGAAGUUAUUUUCUUGGAAGGUGAUUAUGAUGAUUGCAGUAUAUAUCUUAUUUUGGAGGGCUAAGUGAACAUUUAUCAUACAAACAAUAAAGAUGAAGAUUAUAUUGUACAGAAUUUGAAAAAAGGACAGUGCUUUGGUGAAAUAGCUUUUUUUACAGGUUAGUAGAGAAAUGCAUCUGCUAGAAGUAACGAGUUCACAACUCUAAUUAAAAUUGAAAGAGAGUAGUUUAUUUAGCUAAUUAAAGAACAUUCUUAAGAUGAUUAUGAAACUUUCCAAUAAAUUAACCAUAAAAUUUAGCAAUCUUAAGACUAUUCCUAAAUAUAUGAAAAAAAUACAAAAUAGGGAAAAUGUUAUACAUGUGGUAACAUUAAUCAUAUUUCAAAAAACUGCACACUCACCCAUUUUUAGCCACUUCCUGUAGCUGUUAUACAGACAGGAAACAGAUCAUUCUAACAAGACAGACAAUUCAAGUCACGUUCUAAAAAAAACAAAUGGCAUCCUAGAAAAAACUUAAAUUUAAUCAAAAUGGAAGAAGCUGCUUAAAGAGCAGGAGAGGAAUAUAUAACAAUAAUUGAAGAGAUUAAUUAUAAUAUAUUAGAUUAAAGUGAUUAUGACAUCGACCAAUCAAUAGAAUAUUAAAAUAACUAAGAUAGAUUUAUGAAUUACGAAAAAUAAAACACUAGAGAUAAUAACCAAUUUAUGCUGUUAAGUAACUAAGAUAAUGUUGAAGGAAUAUUAGCAAGAGGAGACUAAAAAAAUUUAAGUUUUAACUUUACGAGUAACCUAUUUUAGGAUUCAAAAAAAGAAAAUUAGCAAUAUCCUCCCUAUGAUUAUACAAAGUAAGAAGGUAAAGACUUUAGAGAAAAUCACAAGAAAAUUGAUAGCAAUAAUAGUAUUCAAAACAAAGAUAUCUAAUAUUUAAAGGAUUAAUUAUAAAGAAGAGGGUCUAAAUUUGCACCUUUACAAACACAUACAUUAACAUAGAUAUAAGAAUCACCUACUUAUUUAUAGUAAGGUAGUCAACCAAAUAGCUAGUAAGGAAACAUUUAUUCUUCAAAUUAAUAAUAGUAGUAACAACAUUUGAAUGCAAUGUUUAAUGGGUUAAUGGCAUAAAAUAAUAGCUUUUAGAGUCCAAAUUACAAUAUUUAAAUUACAUCUCCUAAAAAUAAUAAUAAUUAAGUAUAGAGAAUUAGUAAAAAGUAGGGUACACACAAUUAUUCUGGUACUUACAUUGCUAGAAAGUUAAUGGGAAAAUCAUAAAUUCCUCCAUUUGAUAGUUUUCCAAGAUAGAAUACGAAUUAAACUAACAUAGCUAAUGGGGCUUAUUAAAAUAAUUUUGAAGAAAAUAAAAUGUAAUUAGUAAAUAAUAAAAUGAAAGAUUCUUUUAUCAAUUUAGUAGAAAUAUUCAAAUCAAACGUGUCUCUUCAAAUAGAUUUUAUGAGAAACUACAAGAAAUAUUUUCCAGAUUGGAAUAUCUCAGAAAUAGAAAGAAAAAAUAAAUGUAAAUUAGCAAGCAAAAAUCUUUAUGAUUCUAACAAAAACUCUAUUACAAAAAGAAAUUUGAUUUCAAACAAGAUUUUUAGCAAAAAAUCCAAUAAAGCUUCUGAUUAUUUUUCAUAAUUAAAUACAAGGAAAAAUCAGAAAAAUGAUAAUUUAAACCCUAAAAAUAAAAAUGAAGAAGAAUGA